GGGGCUUACACCAAAACCUUCAUCCUUUUACCCCACCCGAGUGAGCUCUCCUGUGGCCGAGGGGGGGUUCACGACACUGAUAGGAACCCUCAACUGGCAGCCAGACUUAAAGGAAGAGUGAGAGGAAACAUCCAGAGAAGCGACGUCGCUCCUCCUCAACUACAUAACUAUGCUCAAGAAGGAGUUACAGGAUGCAGUGACGUUGGGCUGUGAGCACCGCUUCUGUUCCAGCUGUCUGCGGGAGCUGUGGGACCCGAGCAGGACCGGGGACUGUCCCAACUGCAGACGGAGGUGGUCUAAAGAGCUGUCUCCAGAAUUUGCUUUGAAGAAGAAGAGAGAAUUUACUCAGAGAGAAACGGAGAGUUCAGAGGAGCAGCUGGGACGGGCGCAGCCAGAAAAGGAGCAGACAGCAGAAGAGGAGACUGCAGAGGAGCAGACGAGAGAGGAAGAAGUACGGAAAAAACGCCCUGAGGAGGACAUUUCAUCUGCGUCAGACAAACCCAGAGAAUCCUCACAGACACGCGCCUCUGCAGAGACUUGUACAAGAGAAAUAUCACGCUGAGAAUUUAAGGAAACAGUAUGAAGACAUGUUACAACACAAUGAGAAGCGAGCUGUGAGCUGUGAAGAACUUAUUUCGAAACGGUUCGACUGGCUUCACCGAAUCGUGGCUCAGGAGGAGAAGCUGUGUGUGAGCACACUUCGAAAGGAGCUGGAGGAAAAGACUCUGAGUAUUCAAUUACAGCAAAAGGACAUAGAUGCUAAACUGUCCUCUCUGUCUCACCGUAUUAAGUGUGCAGAGCAGCAGCUGCAGAGUCAGAGCUCUGCUCCUCUCACAGAGAUCAGGGCCCCUCUGGUCCCCCCAACACGUGACCCUCCAGCACCAGAGCCUGCAGGCCUCCUGAUCGACGAGGCCAGAGCGCUGGGGAACCUGGACUACAGAGUGUGGCAGAACAUGGGGGCAGAUAUCACGUACAGCCCUGUGGUUUUGGACCCAAACACUGCCCACAGAUAUCUGCAUCUAUCUGAGGAUCUGACCAGUGUCAGAAGAGAGGACAUUAAGCAGAAGGUUCCUCUGAAUCCAGAAAGGUUCUUGUCUUACACCAGUGUCCUGGGCUCAGAGGGCUUCAGCUCUGGGACACACCGCUGGGACGUGGAGGUGGGAGAUCACCCUGAGUGGGUCAUAGGUUUGGUCAAAGAGUCUAUGGACAGAAGAUCUAAAUGUAUUGCUUUACCAGAGAAUGGAUAUUGGUGUUUAAAGCAGCUUAAAAACAAAUACAUGGAUAUUACUGAUAACACAGUGACUCUGAGCACACGUCCUGACAGAAUCCAAGUGGAGCUGGACUAUGAAGCAGGGCGAGUUUCCUUCUUUGACGCCAAAGACAUGACUCUAAUCUGCUCCCACACAGACACUUUCACUGAGAAACUCUUCCCUUAUUUCUCUUUGGGACCAGCAGGGGGCGCUACUUCCACUAAAGACAUUAAAAUAGGGCCGUGUCAAGUGAAUCGGGAAGAGUCUAAGAAAAGGCCCUUAAAAGAAAUCUGGCAUCUUUUUCCCUGAAAAUCUUCAUGUCAACCUGAGCCAUCAGAAAGCACAGAGACUCCUCAAAGACGAAGGAAACCAAAGGACUUGUUAUAGAAGUGUGCAAUUAAUCAUAUUUUAAUCAAGAUAGUGAUUCAGUCAUUUCAAAUGGUCAGUGAUCAGUGUGGGUCUUUUCAGUGGAGAUGUUUGCAUUUUUGUGUUAAAUUGCAAUAAUUCAUUAUGU